AUGGGUUCCAUGGAAGUAACUGAUAAGCCUCAUGCUGUAUGUAUCCCAUUCCCAUAUCAAGGCCACAUAAAGCCACUCCUCAAGUUUGCCAAGCUGUUGCACCACAGAGGUUUUCGUAUCACUUUUGUGAAUACUGAGUACAACCAUAGACGGUUUCUCAAAUCUUUAGGCCCCAACACACUAGAUGGCUUGACAGACUUUCAUUUUGAAACCAUCCCAGAUGGCUUACCACCCUCAGAUUCAGAUUCAACCCAAGAUAUCACAGCUAUCUGUGAUUCCAUCAACAAAAACUUCUUGGCUCCAUUUCGUGACCUCCUUACCAGACUCAACAGUAGCACGUUUCCUGUGAGCUGCAUUGUCUCAGAUGGUUUCAUGAGCUUCUCUGUUGAUGCUGCUCAAGACCUUAGACUACCUAUUGUGUUGUUCUUUCCUGUUGCUGCAAAUGGCUUCAUGGGCUUCAAACAGUACCGUGCGCUGGUUGAAAAAGGAUUUGCACCAAUAAAAGAUGAGAAAUGUCUAUCCAAUGGCUACCUAGACACUGUCAUUGAUUGGAUACCAGGAAUGAAAGAUAUCCGCCUAAAGGAUCUUCCUAGCUUUUUCCGAACUACAGAUCCCAAUGACAGUCCAUUUGUACUAACAGGUGAAGCAACUCAAAGAGCACAUAAAGCUUCAGCAGUAGUAAUUCAUACUUUUGAUGCAUUGGAGAGAGAUGUUUUGGAUGCUUUAUCAUUUAUGCUUCCACAUGUUUAUGCCAUUGGCCCUCUUCAGUUACUUCUUAACCAGAUACCAGAAGACCCUUUAGAGUCUAUGGGAUACAGCCUCUGGAAAGAAGACACUGAGUGCCUCCCAUGGCUAAAUGCUAAGGCGCCAAACUCUGUUGUUUAUGUGAAUUUUGGCAGCGUUGUGGUCAUGACACCAGAACACCUUGUGGAGUUUGGUUGGGGACUUGCAAAUAGCAAGCACCCUUUUCUAUGGGUGAUUAGGCCUGAUCUGGUUGUUGGCGAAUCAGCGAUUUUGCCACCUGAGUUUGUAGCUGAAACCAAGGGAAGAGGUAUAAUAGCAAGUUGGUGCCCACAGGAGGAAGUCCUUAACCACCCAUCAGUUGGAGGGUUUUUAACACACAAUGGGUGGAAUUCCACUAUUGAGAGUGUCACUGCAGGAGUUCCUAUGCUGUGUUGGCCAUUCUUUGCAGAGCAGCAAACCAAUUGUUGGUAUGUUUGUAAUGGAUUGGGAAUUGGCAUGGAGAUCGACAACAAUGUCAAGAGGGAUGAAGUCGAGAAGCUUGUGAGGGAGUUAAUGGAGGGACAGAAUGGUGAGGAGAUGAGGAACAAGGCUAACGUGUUGAAGAAAUUAGCAGAAGAGGCCGCUGAUCCACAAGGCUCCUCAUACAAGAACUUGGAUAAAGUGGUAAAUCAAGUACUUCUAAGGAAAAGCUAA